AUGGACGAGCUGAAGGCGCUGCUAAAGAACCAGAACAAGCUCUUCGAAGAUUUGCUCAAGAAGCAGCAGGCCGAGCCCCGAGCGGUAGCACCAGGGCCCCACAAUGUGCCGCUCCCUCCGCCAUUGUCCUUGGAAGGGGACAUGGACGAGAAUUACGCGUUCUUCGAGGACAACUGGAACAAUUAUGCCACAGCGGUGGGCAUGGGCGACUGGCCGGAAGCGGACAACCCGAAAAAAGUGAGCUUUUUGCUGUCGAUCGUUGGCCCCGAUGCGCUGAAAAAGUUCAGCAACUUCGAUCUGACGCAAGCCGACAGGGCUACGCCGAUAACCGUGUUGGCCGCCAUCAAGAAGAAGGUUACUCGAACCAGAAACGUCAUCGUGGACCGACUGGACUUCUUCUCGGCAGCCCAGUCACCGGUGGAAAGUAUCGACGAGUACACAUCCCGACUGAAGUCGCUGGCCAAGCCGGCAAAACUCGGAGCCGUGGAAGCAGAACUUAUCACCUUCAAGCUGGCCACCUCCAACAAGUGGCCUCAUCUGAGGUCCAAGAUGCUCACGAUGGCGGAUUUGUCGGAAGCGAAGGCGGUAGAUCUGUGCCGUGUGGAGGAAAUCACGGCCAAGCACGUUCAGGUGCUAUCAGCGGACAAGCUGUCGGAGGUGAAUAAGCUCAAAGCAUCGUCGUCGAAGGCCCGCCAGUGCAAGUUCUGUGGCGAUUGGCAUGCGUUCACCAAAGGAUCGUGCCCAGCCUACGGAAAGAAGUGCAAGCUUUGUUCCGGCAAGAAUCACUUCGAGAAGGUGUGCCGGAAGAAUCGGGCUCGAAUGAGUUCGUCGAAGCGCAACAGUGUGCGCCGCGUCAAGAAGAUCAACGACGAAUCCUCGGAGGACAGCGAGUCGGACGACGAGUGGAGCGAUCAGUCCGGAACAGAGACGGAGAUUGAAGGCGAAAUCGGCAAGAUCUUCGAUAACUCGAAGAAAGGGGGAAACGUUCUUGCGGAAGUGUCCCUGAAAGUGAAAGGCAAGUGGAAAAGUGUGAAGUGCGAGCUGGAUACGGGAGCAAACACGAGCUUGAUUGGCCACGACUGGUUGUGCAAGCUGACGGGAGAGUCUGACCCCGAAUUGCAGCCGUCACCGUUCAAACUCCAAGCGUUCGGCGGUGGCAUCAUUAACGUUAUGGGCCAAGUCAAGCUGCCGUGCAAGUGCCAGAACAAGAAGUACAUUCUCGUGCUUCAAGUUGUCGACGUCAGUCACAGGCCGUUGCUGUCGCUGAAGGUCUGUACCACGUUCGGCCUGAUCAAGUUCUGCAACUCCGUUAGCAUGGUUCCAGCUAAAGCGACGCCGGAAGGAGCUCAAGAUCUGAUGCGAAUCUACCGCAUCGAAGCUGAGAAGAUCGUCGACGAGUUCGGCGACGUUUUUCGUGGCUACGGAAAAUUCGACGGAGAAGUCACCCUGGAGAUCGACGAAUCGGUGCCGCCGGUGAUUCAGCAGCCUCGCCGAGUCCCGAUAGCUCUGCGGCCGAAGCUGAAGGCCGAACUGGACCAGUUGGAGAAGGAUGGAAUCAUCGCGCGAGAGUACAGCCACACCGAAUGGGUGAGUAACAUUCUUCUCGUGAAACGGGGUAUCGCCGGAGCCGAGUCGAUUCGCAUUUGCCUGGACCCCAUUCCUCUGAACAAAGCGUUGAAGAGACCAAAUCUGCAAUUUGUGACGCUGGACGAGAUUUUGCCGGAGUUGGGUCAGGCAAAGGUUUUCUCGACCGUGGAUGCACGGAAGGGUUUCUGGCACGUGGUGCUAGACGAGCAGAGCAGCAAGUUGACUUCGUUCUGGACUCCAUUUGGACGCUAUCGGUGGCUGCGACUUCCGUUUGGCAUCUCCCCGGCGCCGGAAAUUUUCCAGUCCAAACUGCAGGGGAUAGUCCAGGGAUUGAACGGGGUCGAGUGCAUAGCAGAUGACGUCUUGGUGUACGGCCGUGGUACAACGAUGGAGGAAGCGCUACGUGACCACAACGCAAAUCUGAAGAACCUCCUCUCGCGCUUGAAGCUAAACCACGUCAAACUCAACAAUUCGAAACUCAAGCUCUGUGAGACAUCCGUCAAGUUUUACGGACACGUUCUCACCACCGAAGGGCUUCAACCGGACCACACCAAGAUCUCGACCAUAAAGCACUACCCGGUGCCAACCAGCAGGACGGAACUGCACCGUUUCAUUGGGAUGGUCACAUACCUCAGCCGAUUCAUUCCCAAUUUGAGCGCCGCCUUCACAAGGCUGCGGCGGUUGAUUUCGGAGAAAGAACCGUGGCGUUGGACUCGAGAGGAGGACGAAGAUUUCUCCAGGGUGAAGUCGCUAGUGUCCGAUAUCACAACGCUGCGGUACUACAACGUUCGAGAGCCGUUGACUAUCGAGUGCGACGCGAGCUGCUUCGGUCUCGGAGUGGCCGUCUUCCAGAAGGACGGCAUCGUGGGCUACGCGUCGAGAACGUUGACGGACACGGAGAAAAACUACGCUCAAAUCGAGAAAGAGUUGCUUGCGAUUCUUUUUGCAUGUGUGCGCUUUGACCAGCUGAUUGUCGGUAACCCCCAAACCACGGUGAAAACCGACCACAAGCCUUUGAUCAACAUUUUCAACAAGCCAUUGUUGACGGCUCCAAAGCGACUGCAGCACAUGCUCCUGAACUUGCAACGUUACCAUCUGGCGUUGGAGUUUGUCACCGGAAAGGAGAACGUUGUGGCAGAUGCGCUCUCUCGUGCACCUCACAACGACUCGACGGUGCGUGACGAAUACCAGAAGCUGAACAUCUACAAGAUCUUCAAGCAACUCGAAGAUUGCAACGUAAGCGACUACCUGAGCAUCUCCGACAACUGCCUGGACACGAUCAUAAAGGCGACUGAACAAGACGCAGCCCUACAGACGGUGAUCGAUUUCAUUCGGAACGGUUGGCCCAGCACCAUCGAUCGCGUUCCCUCAGCCGCUAAAAUCUACUUCAAGUACCGAAGCGAGCUGUCCACGCAAGACGGAUUGGUGUUCAGGAACGAUCGUAUUCUGAUCCCGUGUGCACUGCAGCGGUCCAUGAUCGACAAAGUGCACGUGAGCCACAACGGUAUCGAGUCUACACUGAAGCUUGCGCGAGAGAACAUCUUCUGGCCCGGAAUGAGCGCGCAGAUUACGGAUGUGGUGAAGGAGUGCCAUAUCUGCGCUAAAUUCGCUGCAAGUCAGCAGAAACCGCCGAUGCAGAGUCACGCAGUCCCGAUCUAUCCGUGGCAAGUCGUUUCGAUGGACGUGUUCUUCACCAGCUACCAGGGAAAGCGACACCAGUUUCUUGUGACGGUGGACCACUACUCCGACUACAUCGAAUUGGAUAUCCUCAAGGACAUAUGA